AUGCGCUUGAUGCUCCGUGAAGGGUUUCCAUGUAGUGUUACUAGUGAUUACUUGGAGUAUUCUCUCUGGAGAGGCAUUCAGGGCAUCGCUGCUCAAGUUGGUGUUCUUGCCACGCAAUCUUUGUUAUAUGUUGUUGGAUUGGGUAAAUGGGCGAUUCCAACUGCUGCAACUGUGAAUUGGGUGCUCAAAGAUGGAAUUGGGUAUCUAAGUAAAAUCUUUUUGUCAAAAAUUGGUCAACAUUUUGAUGUGAAUCCAAAGGGAUGGAGAUUGUUUGUUGAUUUCAUGGAAAAUGAUGCUUUUGGUAUGGAAAUUUUGACACCUACUUUCCCUCAUCUUUUUGACCCAUUGGUGAUGUUAUUAGAGCAAGGCAAUCUGCAACUGCACUAA